CUACCGACACGACCCAUUCGUAUUCUAUCGCUUCAGCGUCGCAUCACGUCGCAUCUUUUGGCACGGGCACAUUACUAUCAUCACGAGCACGACAACCAGCGGUGGAAAGGAAACAGAACAAAACGAGAACUUGUCAACGAUUCAGCACGGCGAUUUGUACACCACCGUGCACUUUGAUACCCAAUAAUACAGAUAUCCAUCGGUCGAAAGAGUCCAGCAAUACACAACACAAGCAGCAACCAUGGGCAACACCACCAGCUCCGUCCUGGACAACAUUGUCCAGGGAUCCAACUUCGACAGGGAAGAGGUUGACCGCUUGCGCAAGAGGUUUAUGAAGUUGGACAAGGAUAAUUCCGGUACCAUCGAGCGCGAAGAGUUCUUGAGCCUACCGCAAAUAUCGACAAAUCCUCUGGCUACAAGAAUGAUUGCCAUCUUCGACGAAGACGGUGGUGGCGACGUCGACUUUCAAGAGUUCGUAUCCGGUUUAAGCGCCUUCUCGAGCAAGGGCAACAAGGAGCAGAAGCUGCGGUUCGCUUUCAAGGUGUACGACAUUGACCGUGACGGCUACAUCAGCAACGGCGAGCUGUUUAUCGUGCUGAAGAUGAUGGUGGGCAGCAACCUUAAGGACCAACAGCUGCAACAGAUUGUCGACAAGACGAUCAUGGAGGCGGAUUUGGACAAGGACGGCAAGAUCAGCUUUGAGGAGUUCACCAAGAUGGUGGAGAACACGGAUGUCAGCAUGAGCAUGACUUUGGAUCAAUUCUAGUGUACUUCUCACACCACGUUUGGCUUCUGAUACCCUUGAAAGUGGGAAGCUGCUUUGUCACCUUCAGUAGACCGUUGAGGCUUUUUGUGCUCGGUUUCUUUUGCAACUGGCAGGUGUAUAGCCCACCUUCUUCCCGGUGGGAUGAGUUGGGACAAGGAACGAUGUGAAGGAAAAGGAGAUAUACAAGCCUCGGCGCCCUUUUAUCUCAAUUGAGGCGCUGGGUGCUUGACGAAGACAUGAAGAAAACGGACAUAACACAGGAAGAUCUAAUAAAAGGCGCAACUUGACCCAAGCGAGUAUUAUAUCUCGCAUCCGG